GUGAAGCUGAAGGAACCUCCCUUGUUGUCAACCAUUCAGGAUUUGCCCCCAGUAUCUUUUCUGACACGGCUUAGUGACACACGCUGUCAUUCGUGAGUUGUUUGUCAGCGUGUGAAGUCAGUAGGUGCCUCUCCAGUGUGGCGAAGUGGUGUUUAGUGCCAGGCAUUCACCAAGUGACUGAAGCAUGUUGGGACUCUUCUUUUUAACAGCAUUCAUCUCCAUGAUGCUUCCACGAGCAGCCUCGCAGUGCCUACUGACGCAGGUCAUGUGUGACGGGAGGUGUGUGGAGGCUUGUGACGGCGUGGUGGAGUGUGCUGACGGCGCUGACGAGACCAAGCAACUCUGCUCUAAUACCCAGUGCAGGAACGACGCGUCACUGCCAGUGGGGGACCUGGGGAACCUGGCCGACGUCCUGGAGAGCGCUUCAAGCUCCGCCACUGCUAAGUUCAAGUGUGACUACGGCGCCUGUAUUCCACUCGACUUCCUCUGUAAUGGCCACACCGACUGCUGGGAUAAGUCUGAUGAGACGGCUCAACAGUGUGCAGCUAAAAAAUGUACCCGGCGGGAAUUCCGCUGUGACUACGGCGCGUGCAUCAGGAGGCUCUGGUCCUGCAACGGCUACCCUAACUGUGCCGACAGCUCUGACGAGACGCCUAAUGCGUGCAAGAAUCAAAAAUGCACCUCUACUAAAUUUCAGUGCAAAUACGGAGCGUGCAUCGACGGGAAAAAGAAAUGUGAUGGAACAGUCCACUGUAUCGAUUCUUCUGACGAGACCAAGGAGUUAUGUGGCCCUCAACACACUUUUGUAACAACAGAAAGCCCAAAAUUAGUCACACCUGCCUCGCCAACCCCACCAACCCCACCACCACCAACGCCUGCACCACCACCACCACCAACACCUGCAUCAACUUUCAAACCUGGCAUCACAUACCCAGUAGAGCCACCUGUGGCCAGUGAGUGCAAGGCACAGGGCAUGUGCGAGUGCCCAACCCCUUAUGAGCACUUCUGUGUUCCCUGUAACAACGUAGCAGCUUGCUCCGGGAUUGUGAGUGAGGUGGUGUGCAGCCUCCAGCCAGUAGAGGGGUCGUCGGACGCCGUGUUCAUUGAGGUCCUCUCGUGCGGGGCGCAGCUCAAUGUGAACGUGGAAGGGAUUGUCCGCACAGCUGGGGGCCCCUUGUGUGGGAUUGUGAACGCGGUGCCCGUGUUGGGGGUGGUGAUGGCAGAGUGCUGGGGCACCAUACACCUUGCUCAGUGCCAAGCUGACGGCUUGUGGCACCCCUAUGGCACUAACACCAACAAUGCUGCUCCGACCGAGACAUUAUGUCAGUCCACCUCUAUCAACUCUCAGUUGUGCGGGCGGCGGCCACGGUACAUCAACCCUGAGGGCAGGUUCAUCCUGCAGGCGCAGCCGCAGUGGCCCUGGCUGGCGGGACUCUACAACCUGGAGAAGUACAUCUGUACCGCCACCAUUAUUUCCUCACGUUAUCUCCUCACAGCUGCUCACUGUGUCACCAGAACGCAAGAGACUCUAGAGACGCUGGACGUGCGCAACCUGCGUGUACAGCUAUUGUCACCUAGCGGAACACCUUUUAAGGACUAUGUGACGAAGAUCCACCUGUACCCUGGGUACGUCCCGGGCACCAGACCUUCUCACGACCUGGCGGUGGUCAGGGUAGAGAAGCCCAUGGUGUUCUCUCACAAGGUGUACCCUGCCUGUGUCCUCAGUGAAUACUUCCCAGAAGAUGAAAUUGCUGCUACGUUUCGUCACGGAGCCUCGAACAAUUACCAGUGGGAGCUGAUCAUUCAGAAACGUGACAUCAGAUGUCGUCCCACACCGCACCGCAAGUGUGGCAGUUCUCUCACCAUUGACAAGGACCAGUUCUGUGGUAUAAACCCAGAUAAUAAACAGUUCCUAACAGAAGGUUCAUCAGGAGGACCGUACCUGGUCAAUAUUGGCAACGAUGUUGAUGAAAAAUGGGCGGUAGCCGGUAUAGUGUCGUCGUCGUACUCGGAGUCGUCGUGUCCGCAUGACUUUACCAUCUUCAACCACGUCUUAGACUUCUGGCCUUGGAUAUCCCGGUGUGUUCACAACGGCGAGUGCGCGCGUCCCUAAGACCACACGACCACGCCCGGAAUUCAUCAAGAUCUGUAAGUCUUAGCUCGACCAUAUUGCCUUAGGUUGUACUUACUAAACAAUUUACGAUCUGCGGCGCCACGAAGUCGUCCGUACCAAUAAUAACUUUGGGUUACGGACAACUUCACAGCGCUUCGGAGCUCAUAAAUUGGUGAGGAAAUUUUAUAUCUACUGCGCCGCUAUGAUGGAGGUAAGAGGUACAGAUCUCGUAAGAGAAAACGUAAGUGCUCUGUGAAUCCAGGCUGUAACUGUCGUCCUCAGUUAUUUGACAAUCUUAGUAUUUAUCUAUUGUUUUGCAUGAGAUUAGAGACACGGCUGAAUGGUGAUGGUUGCUGUCCAUAUUUAUACAGUUUUGCCUGAGUGUUUUCGCUAAAUAGGUGAUGAGUGGUGUCAUUUUUGUUGUUAUAUUUGACCUAAAUGGAAUGUAAUAAAAAUGUAUGAACAUAAAAAAGUUUGUUAAACAGUUGAGAGGAUUACUUCUUAGGUGAGUGGCUGUUAUGUCCAUAAUAACCAGCUGCUACAAUGAGUACUCUGUGGAUCUUUGUUAUUUUGUUAUUCUCAAUUGUAUUUGUUUACAUGUUUUCCUUCCUGGUUGAAAGCAUUGCUAUAAUGUUAAUAUUUAAGACAAAAAUUACAAUCAGUAAUUAACAAUGUUAUCUUGUACUUUAAUUCGAAUAUAUGAGUUUUUAAUAUAUAUAUGCAUUCCUGGGUAUUUACACAUCCGCUUACGAAACCAGUUCAUCUUUACUCAAUCAUGGCGGAUUAGUUUACAUUUAUUAAACAGUUUAUGAGUUCUGAAACGCUACGAGUGUGUUCCUAACAACAAUAACCUGGGCUGUGAAGUUUCCCGGUUCAUCAAUGAUUUAAUAAAUGUAAAGCAACCAUGACUGAGGCAAGAUGUACAGGUUUCGUAAGUGGCAGCGUAAAUGCUUGAUAAAGUCUGGCCAUGAUGACUUUUGAGGCUGCGUCAGAUUUCAAGUAGUUUUUGCCUAACCAGGGGCCGGAUUCACGAAAGCAGUUAGGUAAAUACUUACGAACGUGUACAUCUUUCCUCAAUCUUUGACGGCUUUGGUUACAUUUAUUAAACAGUUUACAAGCAUGAAAACUUCCCAAUCAA